GGUAUUGGCGAUGGAAAAUCGGACCUUUUCUUUCUUAUCCCCUGCGAUCUCUUCAAUCUUCAUCCCUCAGAUUUCUCCUCUCCGACAGUAUAGCGGUCACCGCCGGCGAUCUCUAAGCUUUCCGGUCACUUUGUUUCCGACCAUCACACAAUGUCAUGGUUGGCUCGAUCGAUUGCCAACUCUCUCAAACUUAAUGACGACGAUGACGGAGAAGAAGAAAACGACAAUAUUUCUGCUUCCAUGCGUGGUCACUCCAGUGAUACUUCAAAAGAAGAACCGGUGCAAAAUCAGACACAAUCGGAUGAUCCUUCGCCUCCUGCAUCUCCGUCACGCGGUGUCCGAGAGGAUCUUUCUGAGAUCACCAAAACCCUAAGCCGGCAAUUUUGGGGCGUUGCAUCGUUUCUAGCACCGCCACCGCAAUCCGAGUCGCCUAAUGAAUCCCAACCGGACACUUACCGGGAAUCGGAAGCGGAUACUGGAGGAUCCGAAGCCAUGGGACCGGCUGGGAUCAGGAAUGACUUCGCAGAGCUCGGUGGGAAGUUCCGAAGUGGCAUAUAUAAGCUAUCAAGCAACAUGGCUGUGUCAGAGAUCACGAAAAUAGCUUCGAAUAUUCUGCAGCUGGGGUCGGAUGAUGAAGAGGAGGAUGGCGGUUUCACAAAAGGUGCGGUCGGAGUUACUGAGGAGGUGGUGGCAUUUGCAAGGGAUAUUGCUAUGCAUCCCGAGACUUGGCUGGAUUUUCCUUUGCCUGAAAAUGAGGAGGAUGAAGACUUUGACAUGUCCGAUGCUCAACAAGAUCAUGCUUUGGCUGUUGAACAUCUCGCUCCAAGAUUAGCUGCUUUGAGGCUUGAACUUUGCCCAGGUCAUAUGAGUGAAACUCACUUUUGGAAGAUUUACUUCAUACUUGUUCAACCUAGGCUAGAUAAAGAUGAUGCGGAACUUCUCUCAACACCCCAGAUUGCAAAAGCACGGGCCUUUCUAGGCCAUGAGUUACGCAAGCGAACCGAUGCAAGCUCACAAGACGGCAAUAAAAUUGUAAACGAGGAAUGUUUAUCUGUGCCACCCGAUGAUGUUUCUGCAAAGUUUGUCCAGGUGACAUCUGGUUUGGAAUCAACCCUUGAUGCAGACAAACUCCCCAAUGCUGCUAGUGCCAAUAUCCAAAUGGUAGACAGAAUUGUGACCUCUGAUGCAGACAAACUCCCCAGCACCAAUAUCCAAACGGUAGACAAAACUGUGAUUGAAGAUUGCAAUGGAAAUGCAACUGCAGAUGAAGCCCUACCAUCUACCAACCUCAACAUAUUAAACGAGGAAGACGAUGCGGAUGAUUGGCUGAAGGAAGAGAGUUCAGAAAUGCAAUUUGACAAUAAAGCCCCCAGUCACAUAGAGAAUGAAGAUGACGUGUCAUUUAGCGACCUUGAAGAUGAGGACGACAGCAACGUGGCCAUUAGCUAAAAGAAAGAAAUCGUUCUGGUAAAGAGUCACGAGAUAGCUCUAUCAGCUUCGAAAAGGUAAAUGUGAGCGUUCCCGAAAACAAGGAAUCUAAUGAUUGGCUUGAUCUUCGAUGACAUUGAAGUGGCAUGAACUGAUCAUAUAUUUCUCUCUGUGUGUGUGUGAUUCUUUAAUUUUCAUAUUUUCUUUCAUGUUUUGUGUUUGGGUUCUCUCUUUUUCAAUCUGUGUCCCUAGAUUCUCAAAGAAUGCCUGUAAAUAUAUAAAUGUACAAUGACUAAGAAAUACGGAGUAUUUAUGUUAUACAUUGUUCGACCCGUUGUCAUGAAUUGUGAAUCAUAAACUAAAUUUUCAUAA